CGUGAGAAGUCUCCGCCCCGAGCAUUAACAGCGCUCAAACUUUCAGUGCCGCAGCAGAUCGCUCACGAUAAUCAUAACAUCAACAGGACUUUAGUGUGGUUAACUUUACCUUCACUUUCAGCAGAAAUCAUGUCAGCCAGCUGCGAAGCUUCAUCGACAUGUCCGAUUCCAAGCCGAUCUGUAGUUGAGAAGACCUGGUCUCAGCUGCCAGAGAUCUACAAUCAGACUCCAGGCGGAACUUUGUUUUCAACAACUCCCGGUGGGACUCGGAUAAUCUAUGACCGAAAGUUUCUCCUGGAAUUUCGAAACUCGCCAAUUGCACGCACCCCACCCUGCUGCCUCCCCCAUAUCCCAGGGGUCACUAUUGCCUCAGUGCACCCAGCAGAGCAAGAUGAUGACAACAAAGAUGUCCCUGUUGAUGACAGCCAGUUUGUGAUGGAUAUGUGAUUUCUCCACGUCCAUGUGGCAAAAUGGACUGUUUCAGCUUUUCCACCAGUGGAAUCAGGGUCUGAUCUGAGGAAAGAACACACCUGCUGUGGAUUCCUUCGUUGUAUCUUCUAUGAUUUUUUCCUUUAUCUUUAAUAAUGAAACGCUCAGAUCAAGUUCUCUGUUGUGGGGAGGAGUAUUGAGUAUUUUGAUUUUGGUUGAAAUUUAGGUUAAAACUUUAUAAAUUGUGGCCUUUGCUGCUUUGACAAUUUCAACUGCUGCUAUUUAGUGCCUUUCACUUUUGGGACAUUUCUGAAGGUGACUGUUAAGGUUCAUAUAUGACCAUUUGAUUUUCUAAUGGCACUUUCUUUCAAAUAUCCAAACCAUGUGAGGGGCAAUUGUGUCAUCUAUAUAUUCCAGAAUAAUUAUGUCAUAUAUAUUCCAUAUUGCUGUAAAUGUUUUGGAUGUGAUGACGGUUUUGAAUAAAAUUAAAUUAGAUUC